AUGGUGCCCUCCAAGGGCUCCGGGUACCGGUGCAUUAGGAUCAACCAUAAGAUGGACCCCUUGAUAGGAAAGGCAGCGGGGAUGAUUGGGCUGAGCCACGAGAGACUCUUCCAGCUCUUACCCAGCGAAUUGACUCUUUGGGUCGACCCUUUCGAAGUGUCCUAUCGCAUAGGUGAAGACGGGUCUAUCUGUGUCCUUUACGAAAGUCCCCAGCCUGGUGGGAAGACGACCAAACCGCUGGAGAGUAGGACCAACUGUAAGGAGGAGUGGAGAAUUGGCAGAUCCAGCCCUUCCAAGAAUUACAGCAUGAUGACAGUUUCUAGUUAA